UCGAUACAUCCGUAGAGCGGGAACCUUAAAAAAUAUACAGGGUGUCUGACACAGGAGUACCCCUGCGAAAAAUGGUGGUGGUUUCGGUCAGACCGAGAAGGAAAAUCGUGUACCAUUUUUUACACAAUUCGCAAUGGUUAUCGAAUAAUUUAUUGAGAUGGCUGAGCGAAUGAGCUACCGCCAUUUUUCGUAGGGGUGCUCUUGCGUCGGACACCCUGUUACAUACAGGGUGUUCGGAAAUUCAAGUCGGAGGCAACAAUAAGAAUCGCUUUUUGUAAAUGAACCUGGGCUCGGAAACGCGUCAUCACAUUGCUACGGCGUACAGAUAGCGCAUUGUAGAUUAGACUUGAAUGUUUUACAAUGUUUGUCCUUUCUAUACAAUUGUAACGUGACAAUUGCCUUCGACAAAUAUUUUCUCCAUUUUGACUUGGACAUUUAAAUAUUUCUUACUUAUGACAGAUUGCAUAAGUAUUUAUAUAUUUUUUUUUAUAUGUAGUACUUUUUUUUAAGUAUUGCUCAUCUGCGCUUUAGAAUGAGAAAUGCUAUGCUGAUAUACUGCUUUUAUUUAUCAAAAAAUUAAAUAAAUGUCUACAAGAUCAAGAAUAGCCUUUCUUUACAAUGUUACAAACAAAGCACUUAUUUUACUUUUGAAUACAUCUCUUGCAACACUUGAUUAAGAAAGAAAUCAUUCUCGAAGCAAUUUUAUUCACACAAACAAUAAACUUUGCUUUUGUUUCCCUCAUCUUAAAACUGGUCAUAAAAGAAAUUAAACGUUUGUCUUAUUAUAUAAAAUACCAAUUUCGGGAGUCUAGGAUCGGUAUGCAUAGUCAAAUUUUAUAUUCAAGACUGUCUUAAGAUUAUCUUUAGAUACUCCAUAGACAAUGAAAUUCUAUACAAUAUCUUUAAAUAAACUCAAGACGAUCUUGAACAUAAGAUCCGACUAUGAAUAUUGCCCUAGACGUUAACAUGACAAAAAUGCAUUAAUAUACAAAUAACAGAUAGUAAAUGAACGAUAGUAGAGGAAGGCAGUUAACGUAAUAACAUGGUUUGCAGCGUUGUCUUCUUUAGGUGCGUUCUGUCACACGAUGUGCGUAAUGCAUCAUUUAUCCUUGUAAUUCACCAGAUAUUAAGUAAGGAACGCACCCUUUAUCGUCGCAGUUGUUGCGCUCAAGACAUUAGAUUUUUAAGUUUCAACUGAGGAUUUAAAUUUACAAGAUGUCCGUCGACACGUGUAACAAAGUCACGCACUGUAUCUUCGAUAUGGACGGCUUGUUGCUUGAUACAGAACAUCUGUAUACGAAGGCCUUCAACCGUAUCACCAAUCGUUACGGCAAGGAGUACACGUGGGAGCACAAGGUGCAUCUGAUGGGUCUCAAGCCCAAGGAUGCUAUCGAGUGUGUAAUUAAAAUGUUGGAAUUGCCGUUGACAGUGGACGAAUUCAAGCAGGAGAUUAUUGGGAUCUACCAGGAGUUGUUUCCACAGACCAAUCCCAUGCCAGGCGCCGUUCGGUUACUUAAGCACCUGAAAGAGAACAACGUUCCGAUUGCGUUAGCCACGAGUUCGGACCAAGAAAACUACGAGUUGAAAACCAGACGCUGGCACGAUCUCUUCGAGCUCUUCCAUCACAAAGUGCUCGCCGGCUCGGAUCCCGAGGUCGCACAUGGAAAACCAGAACCCGACAUAUUUCUCACAGCUGCCAAGCGGUUCCUCGACAAUCCGGAUCCUUCGAAGUGUCUGGUCUUCGAAGAUGCGCCGAAUGGCGUAAAAGCGGCACUUAACGCUGGCAUGCAAGUUGUUAUGGUGCCGGAUCCGAUGCUUCCCAAACAUUAUACGAGUGAGGCAACUUUGGUCUUGGACAGCCUCGAAAAGUUUCAACCGGAGAAGUUCGGAUUGCCGCCGUAUACGACGUAGCGUGUCCUUCUCUUGGUUUAUCG